AAGCCCGUUCGUUUAAAGCCGCUGUCCCUACGUCGAUGGACUCAGGCCACUUCCGGCGUAGUGAUGGCGGCCAACGCGACCACUAACCCUUCUCAGCUGCUGCCGCUAGAGCUGGUGGACAAAUGUAUAGGAUCAAGAAUUCACAUUGUGAUGAAGAGUGAUAAGGAAAUUGUUGGCACUCUUCUAGGAUUUGAUGACUUUGUCAAUAUGGUGCUGGAAGAUGUCACUGAGUUUGAGAUCACACCAGAAGGAAGAAGGAUUACUAAAUUAGAUCAGAUCUUACUAAAUGGAAAUAAUAUAACCAUGCUAGUUCCUGGAGGAGAAGGACCAGAAGUAUGAGUGGAUUUUCUUGUAGAUUCUGUUUUGUCUUAUAAUGGCAAGAAAAUAGAAUUUUUUUAACCUUUUAAUGUUUAGAUUCUAUAAAGCUGUUUCCCAUGAAGGGAAAAUACUUUGAAGAUGUAUUGUAUACACAUUUUUCUGGUUUCUCUUCAGAUUGUAUAAAUUCUUCGCCUUUUACUAAGUUAAUCAUGAUUAUCUUGAAGAAAGAGAAAAGGAGUUUGUUUUUUGAAGACUAAAAAAUAAAGAUGUUUUGGUUAAUUGUUAUUUAUUAUGCUUCAGUAGCCAGUAGAAUAAUUGUACUUUGCUGCUUGCAUUCCUGUGAUUUUUAUCUGUUUGCAUUGUCAUUUAUGUGACCAUUUGAUUCUCAGGUAGUUGUUUCCAACAAGAUGAUCAACCUUGAUUUUGAAUAGAUUCAUUUAAACACCUGAAAUGAUUACUUAGAAAAUUCAUUUUGAACUCUGAUGUCUUAUAAUGCAAGUUUUUCUUUGGCAGUGUUCAGUUUUUGGGUUCUAAGAUUUUGUGCUUGAUAGGACCACUGGGGCUAGGUGUUAGGGAUUGACUUGUUUUCUAAAGUUGGUAUGGGGACUACUGAUAAUCUUGUGCCUCCAGUUAACUCUGGUCUCAUUUAAAAGUGAAGCAAAGCAUAAACAGCAAAAGAAGUAAGUUAAACUUCCACAAAAUUAAAAACUUUUGUGCUUCAAAGAAUACCAUCAACCGCAAGGAUGGCUAUCUGCUAGGGCUGGACAAUCUCCCUGGCAUCCUAGCAAGUCUUGUGGAGAGAUAAGGCUGGGUUCUAUUGCCACUUGGGCCUGCUGGUCAGACAGACAUGGACCUGUGGCUGUGCCUCUACAGCAUGCUAGCAAGACCAAACCCCACUGGGCGGGCAGUUACUUUGUCCUGCAGGACUAGGUGCAGACUACUAAGGGGUGCCUUGCCAACACAGAGAAUUGGCCUCAUGCAGGCCCCAUAUUCCAGAGCUGGAUGACGCUAAUUUAGAGGAAGGGAGGAGAACAGUGGGCUUCUUCCUCAGCUCUGCACCUUUCGAGAGGGACCAGAUAAAGAAUUUCAUUUCACAAGUCUAGAUCUAUUGAACAGACUUCCCACACUACAAUGGACUCCCCAAUAAAACUCAAAGACCUAGGGGAAAAAAAAGAGGACCAUCAAGAAGAUGGAAAAAAAAAAGCCCACAGAAUGGAAGAAAAUGUUUGUAAGUUAUACAGUUGAUAAGGGAUUCAUAUAUAGAAAAUACAAAGCACUGUUAAAACUCAGUAAUAAAGAGACAAAUAAAUUCAAAAAUGGAUAAAGGAUCAGAAUAAAGUUUCCCCAGGAAAAUACACAAAUGACCUAUAAGCAAGGGAUUACCAUCAGGGAAAUGUGUGUGGGAACCGCAGUGGGAUACCACAUCCUGUACACCAUAGGGUAGCUAAAUGAGGACUAGUAGGAAAAAGAGGGAAGUGACAAGUGUUGGUGAGAAAAGAAACUAGAGUUCCGGUACAGAGCCGAUAGGAAUGUAAAACGAUGCAGCUCCUGUAGAGAACAGUUUGAUGGUUCCUCAAAAAAUUCAACAGCUCUUGUGACCCAACAGUUUCCACUCCUUGGCUUAUACUCAGUGGGACUGAAAAACCCACACACAAAAGCAUACACAGAUGUUCACAGCGACAUAAUUUUCUCAGUAAAAACAACCCCAAAUGCCCAUCAGUGGUUAAAUAGAUAAAAUGUGGCAUAUCCAAAUAAUGGGCUAUUAACUGCAAAGAGGAGCAACAUGGAUGGUUUUUGAGAACAUUACGCUAAGUGGAAGAAGCCAGACAGACCACCAUGUCGUUUAAAUGAAAUGUCCAAAAUAGGCAAAUCUGUAGACAGAAAAUCAGUGGUUGCGAGGGACUGGGUAGGGGAAAGAAAGUGACUGUUAACCCCGGUAAAAAUAAAGUUGGUAGUGAUGGUUUACAUGA